UGCAAAUAGGUCAUAGAGUGCUAAUCGCUGAUAAGUUUAAAUGACAACCAUCACGCUGUCAAAUUGACUUGCUCAUUUAUAAAACCGACAUUUUUUCUUACGAAAUAAAUACGUUAAAUCACUAAAAAUGGACAAUAACCAAUUUCUAGCCAGUAACUCUCCUCGAUUAGAAUUUCCCAAUUUACCACGAUGGGACUGUGUUUCAGAUUACAUUCAAUCCAAAGCCUUUUCAGCUAUGGACAAAAUAUAUCCAGAAUUCGAUGUAGUCCGUAUGGACGAUCCAAAAAAUAGCUUAGCUAUGCUGGAAGUGAGGCUUCAGUUCACUGAGAAGAUGUUAGCUCAGAGAAGGAAAAAUCUUGCAGACAUGAGGAAAGAUUUGGACCAACAAUGGAAGGAAUUGGACGAGAAGGAGACGGAUCUGCGAAACAGUUUUAAGACCUUUGAUGCGUUCGUCAAAGAGAACAACAACAAAAGAGAAAGAGCUCAAAAAAAGAUCAACGAGGAUAAGUUGAUGCUACAGCAGACAAGACAAGAAAUUGAAAAAUGUAAUAAAGAUUAUCUCGAAAUUAAAAGUGCUAAGCACGAAAUGGAUCAGAAAAUCAAAGAAUACCGUUUGUAUGAAAAUUACUUAAAUAGAUGCGUUGAUGCUUCAAAGGAAUUUGAAUCCAGUCAAGAGCUGAUUAACCGGUAUCUUUCUUUGUUAGGUACCAAAAAUUAUUUGGCGGUACUGCAAGAAAAUAAUUUGAGAGCAUUAGAAAGCGCAAAAAGUGAUAUGAUGAAAUUGAUAGAAGAGAAGAAUUUCAUUUUAAUGGGUUUGAAUAACCAGAUUGCUGCUCUACAAGCAAGAUUUGAAAAUGCCAAAAUAAAAUCUUUAGAAUGCGAACAAUUAGUUCUACAAAUUAAGAACAAUGCGGUAAUAAAAUUGAACGAAAUCGAGGAAGUGAAAGGUUCAAUUUGGAACGUUUAUUGCCACAUGGUGACUUCCAAGAAACACACCAUCAAACUGAAAAAACAUGAAAUAGAAGAACAAAUGUUAUACGUAAAGCGGACGCUCACAGAAAUUGCAAAAGUCAAUCAAAUUUUACGGAAGAGAACCAAAGCCGGCGCCAAGAAAGAGAAAAAAGGCGACAAAAGUGAAUGAAACAUUUAAAAAAUGUAAUAUUAAAUAGUUUUUAGAAAAAAAUUGCGAUUUUUAUUUAAAAUGUUAACUGACAUACUUGUCAUAUUGACCGGCUCCUAUUAACAACCAUGUCGGCCAUAUUGACCGGUACGAAUGUUUUAAGCAAAUUACCGC